AUGAGUGAUGAAGGUGCUGAUAAAAGUCUAGAUACUAACACAGAAUUUAUUAUACAAACACGAUCUAGGAGGUCUAAUGCCGGUAAUAAAUUACAAAAACUAUUGGAGCAGGAGCUAAGAGAUAUAGAAUCUACCAAAAGACAAAUUUCUUCCUAUAAGAAUGGUAAUGAUGAUGAAGAAGAUGAAAUAGGGCUGUUGUUUCAGGAAGAUGAAGAUGAUGAAGAUUUCGAAAUGAUGGCAAAAGAUGACGAUGAUGAAGGGGAAGAAAAAGAAGAUGAGACUCAAAGUAUAAGGAAAGAGCCCUCUCAGGCUUCAAGUGAGCAAGCAGCCGAUGACUUAAUGUUCAGCAGUAGCGAAUCUGAGGACUCCAGCAACGAGAAUGAUGAAGAUGCAGAGGAAAAGGAAAUACGAAGACAAGAACUACUUUCAAGAAAGAAAAGAAACAAGAGAUUACAGAAGGGUCCCGUUGUAAUCAAAAAACAAAAACCUAAGCCUAAGUCAGGAGAAGCUAUACCAAGAUCGCACCAUACCCAUGAACAAUUAAACGCAGAGACGUUACUAUUAAAUACAAGGAGAACUUCUAAAAGAUCAUCGGUAAUGGAAAACACGAUGAAAGUUUAUGAGAAAUUGUCUAAAGCUGAAAAAAAGAGAAAAAUUAUACAAGAAAGAAUAAGGAAACACAAGGAGCAGGAGUCUCAGCAUAUGCUGACACAAGAAGAGAGGCUACGGAUUGCCAAGGAGACUGAGAAGCUGAAUAUUUUGUCACUGGAUAAGUUCAAGGAACAAGAAGUUUGGAAAAAGGAGAAUCGUCUAGCUUUGCAGAAAAGACAAAAGCAGAAAUUCCAGCCAAAUGAGACUAUACUGCAAUUUUUAUCUACUGCUUGGCUAAUGACGCCAGCGAUGGAGUUAGAAGAUCGUAAAUAUUGGCAGGAACAAUUGAAUAAACGUGAUAAGAAGAAGAAAAAAUAUCCGAGGAAGCCAAAGAAGAAUUUAAAUCUCGGAAAACAGGACGCAUCAGAUGAUAAAAAGCGGGAGAGUGAAGAAUCGAUAAAGAACGAUGGCGACGUGAAUUCUUUGGGUGAGAAUUCUUCAUCUGUACACAACCAGAAAAGGAUUGAGGAAACUUCUACUAACGAUACAGUUGAAGGAGAAUCGAGUCCAGAUGCAGCGGUGAGUAGAGUAAAUUCAGACGAAUUAAAGCCAACAGCAUUACCUGAUGUUACAUUGGACGCAAUUGCAAACAAGCAGAGUACCGUUGAUGAAGCUCCCAACAGCCAACCACAAAAGAAUAUAAUAACUAAUGAGCAAAAAAUUACCAAUGUAGGCGAACCGAUACAAAAUUUACAUAAUGAAGAAAUUAAAGAUGAAAUGGUAAGUGCUCUCGAGAGCAGGGAAAAUACUUUUGAAAACUCAUCACCUGCUGCCCAAGUGGUCUCACAAAGGGAUAAUUCUGCAACACCUACACCAUCAAACUCCACUGGCACUGAAGAUACUAUAUUGAUCUCUCCGGAUACGGAUAUAAAAGGAGAGCCUGAACCUUGUCUGAAAACCGAAGGCAUCGAGAACUUAUCUCAUAAUGUACCACAAGAGACCAAAAGCAAUACUGAUGUUUCUUUCUUGAAACAAGUAACGUUUACCGACCAUCCGCAAGUGGCCAUAAUCGAUACUGAAGAGUCACCCUCAAAAAAAGAUACAGCUAAUGUUGAUGAAUCUUCCGCGGAAAACUCUUUAUCAACACAGACCUACGAAGGGCCUGAGCAAUUAACCUCAAGGAACUUUGUUACACUUUAUGAUUUUCCUAAUGCUCCUCCAAAUCUAAAAGAUUUUAACACAAACUUAUUUGGUGAUCGAUGGUCAUACACAAAUGGGUUAUCCGCCACUCAGCGUCCACAAGAUAUGAAAACUGUUUUCCACUCCAUUUUACCAUCACCUCCUCAGUCUUCAGUACCGUCUCCUACCGUAGAUAUAUCACUUGAUCUGUCAGCUCUGGCAAAUUUCCCAUCUUUUGGGGAAUACGAUAAGAAAAUAGUCCAUCAAAUCAACACAGAGAUAAAUAAGGAUUUGGAAAUCAAAAUUAAAACACAGCCUCCAACGGGUGUCUUCUUAGCCAAUGGUAUAAGAAAAAAAUGUUUAAUCACAAAUAAAGAAUGUCAGUACUUUGAUCCAAGGACUGGUGUGCCUUAUUCUGAUGUGGAAGCUUAUAAAAUUAUUCAGCGGAUUCAAGAUCCUAUUUCUAAGGAGGAGGGAAGGUCAGAUAUCAAGCGUGAUGAAACGACAAAUGAGGAUAGUGACGAUCAAGUGAGAUUCAAGUGGUUUGGGUUCAAAAACGGCGGUAUUUACCUUGAUUUAAGUCAAAGACCUGCAAAAGGUGUUCCUGAAGGAUUUUAA